CCAUAAGAACCAAUAAAGACUAUUACCAUCACUAUUUCACAGUAUCCACAAUAAGAGCUCCGGUUUAGAAACCUCUAAGCAUGCACAAUCCUGCACAUGUUUCAUCGGGGAAUUCCAUUGAAUAAAACUUCAAACUUCAAAGCCCUGAUUGCAGGUUUCUGAUUCCAAAGUGCAAUGCUCGCAAUUGUGCCGCAUUUCUGAUCAACCCACACAAGGGUAAAGGCAGAUGAGUUGCUCGAGGAUUGGCAUGCUGAAGUGCAACGACAUGAUUUCGGUAUCUGGACAUGGUUCGUGCGUGGAUGCGCAAACCAAACAUGGGGCCCACUCUAAACUUAACUCGGUUCAUGGAAGAAUAAUUUAGGUCAAAAAGCCUCAGUGCGAAGAGCUGAGAAGGGAUGGUGGGGCCAGACAGAGAUGUACAAUAAGAUGGUUGUAAGUGAAGGCAUUGAGGCAGUUGAAGUUCUGCGAAAGAAGUGCGAGAGAUGGCAGCCGACCAGCAUUAUGAAUUGCACCAUGGUGCCACCACAACUAAUGUCUUCCGUCUUGGCCGAAAGGGUAAACACUAUCGUAAGCAGCAUGACGAAAGAGAUGGGAGUCAUGGACUCCAGAUUCAGCAAUGAGCUACAAGGCAUAAAGAGUGCUCAUGAUGACGCUGCAAGCACCAAGAGAGACAUUGUUCCAGUUGAUGCAUUUCCUAUUGACACAAAAACAGCUGCAAAACUAAAUGCGGCCACAGAAAAAAUGGAUAACAUCAAGGAGAUUAAAUCUACUAUUAGCUAUCCCCCAAAGGCUGGAUCUACAAUUGAGGGUACCAUUACAAACCUAGCCCCUCGAGACAAGACCCCAAUUAGGCCAGCUUCUCGUAACAAGUCUAAUGCUAAACCAGCUGCUCCAGCCAAGACCUCCAUGAGGUCAGCUUCCCAAGACAAGAACCUUGCCAAACCAGCUACUCGAAGUAAGAUCGCCAAAUCAGUUCCUCAGGACAAAACCAUUAAAGGACCAGCUUCUCAUGGCAAGACCACCACUAAACCACUCAUUCAAGACGUCAAAACCACCACCGGAUUAGCAUAUCGCGACAAACUCAAGGUACAGCCUAAACCAAAUCCAGUGCAACGGUCUGUGAACCUGGGUAAGCAGACAAAGCAGACCUCCAAAUGACAAUUGAACUGGUUCUUUCUGGAGAUUUAGAAGCAAUUUACCAGGUUUAACAGGAUUUUUCCGGCGGCAUCUACAAAUUGUUGACUUGAUCGACUGUCUGAUACUA